GGCUUUUUCAUUGCAGUUUCCCAGUUCCCAUAAUCCCACCUUCCCUCUUCAAUCUUUUGAAUAGAUUUCCUCUGUUUUAUUCGGUACUCUGCAUUCUGCAACACUAAUACGACAAGAUUCAAUUUCCACCAUUACUCACGCACUCUCCAUAACAAUAUCACUCAUUAUUCAAAGCCAUUUCAUUAUUAUUAAACAAAGUACACCUAACCAACACCCAGCUCUCUCUCUCCCUCUCUUUCUCUCUCUUUGUUUUGGAAAGAGAAAGUCAAAAUUCACCUGCUAUUUUGCUCUUUUCUCUUUUGGAUCUGAGCUUUUUCUCUGUAAAUGUUGAUGGGUUUUGGCCAAUUCUUGUUUUUCCAUCAUUUUCUCAUCUGGGUCUCUCAAUUUCUCUUGGUUUCUUGGCUUUUCUUUGACUUGGGUUUCAAGUAGAUGCCAAAGGACAGAGAAUUGGGUUGAACAGGGUUGACAGAGGCUGUUUGUUUGCAGAGAAAAUACGCAAGAAUUCAGAAAUAUGCCGCAAGACAGUCUAAGAUCAGCUGUCUACAGAUCAUUUGUCACAUGUGAUGAUCCCAAAGGUGUCAUUGAAUGUAGGACAAUCAGAAAAUCCAAAACUAGUUCUAAAAAAUCAGAUAAAAUCGAAAGAAAUCAUCAGUCACACAAGGAAGGAGGAGAGGAGAUGGAGUCUAAAAAUGUCGCUGAAGAUUCACCUAGCAACCCAUCUUGCUUUCAGCUCAUGGAGGUGUCGAAAGGCGCUCAUAAGAUCAACCAAGUGAUCGAUUCGUGGUCUAAGAGAACGAGCUUUGAUGGGAAUUCAAAAGAAAUAGCGAAAGAUUUGUUGAAAGGAGCUCUUGAUUUGCAAGAGUCUUUGAUGAUGCUUGGCAAAUUACAAGAAGCUUCUCAGUACAUGGCUCAGUUGAAGAAAAGUCAGAAGGAGAAAUCCGAGGGAGAGAGAAUUGAUGAAAUGGGAGUCGAAAGAACAAAUUCUCGUCGCUUCGCGGAUCAUAAAAUCCAAACUGGAUUUCAGAAACCAAGACUUUCUUUUGAUGAUUAUUCAAGGGGUUGUCGAGAAAGUUCUCAGUACAUUGAUAAGUUAAAGAAAACGCAGGAGGGGAAAUCUGGGGGAGAGAGAGUUGAUUCAAUGGGAAUUGAAAGAAUGAACUCUCAUCGCUUUGCAGAUCAUAAUUACCAAAUGGGAAUUCAGAAGCUGAGACUUUCUCUUGAUGGUUACUCAAGGGGUUAUCAAGAAGGUUCUCAGUAUUUGGAUAAUAAAUUGAAGAAAAAGCAGGAAGAGAAAUCCGGGGGAGAGAGAAUUGAUCGAAUGGGAGUUGAAAGAAUGAAUUCUCAUCGCUUCGCAGAUCAUAAUUACCAAAUGGGAUUUCAGAAGCCAAGACUUUCAGCUGCUGGGUAUUCGAGUGAUUGUUUUGAGGAGCUCAGAACAGCAAUCAGAGACGGUCUUGCUAGGCAAAAUCUUCUUCCACCUGGUGAAAAAAGGGCUUACUGUGAUAAAAGAACACUGGACUCAGCUCUUGAUAUGGCCUCCACUAGCUCAAGCCAAUCCUCUCUGUCCUCAUCGAAGGUUCCACAGAAAUCAAAAGGCUCGAAUUUGAUUGCUAAGCUUAUGGGUCUGGAAGAAAUUUCCUCACAAGCAGUGCAGACUAUUCCAAGAAAACAGUCGGAGAGUGAAAACGUUUCGAUUCAGAGACGACCCAUAUUUGAUAUUGAUAUGCCGAAGGCAAGGAAGCCUCAGUCUGCUACUUGUAAGGUAGAUUUGGAGCGAAGGAAACUGAAAGAAAUAGUCGAAACUAUGCAUUAUAAAGGGCUUCUAAAGAGCAAUUCGGCUUAUUCUAAUGCUUCUAACUCGAAAAAGAGGUUUAAUGAAGAUCCCCCACCUAUUGUAAUUAUAAAACCCCUGCACUUUUCGAGUUUGGAGAGAGAAGAGCCUCACUUGCAAAAGUUUGCUGGAGAUGUGGGAGGUCUUGACAUCCAUGAAGUGCUCAGAAAUUUGAAAAAGAACGAAGGAGCUUUAGGUUCAAGUGAAAUGUGUAGAAGAUUUAGAGGAGAAGAUGCUUCGAUCAAAAGGAUUAGUCAGGAAGGGGCUGAAAACUGUAAAGAGGGACAAGCAAAAGCAGGAGAAACAGCAGUCAAGCCUAUUGCAAAGUUGUCUUCUAAUAAGUUGAAAGUUUCUGAAUCGGUAAAUCAAGAACAGAAAAAGAAAGCAAUUGAGAAGAAAGUCGAUAGAGUUCAAAAGGUGUCACAGUGCAGAAGAAAGCCAGCAGAAAUGGAGAAUGUGAAAUCUAAAGAGGUUUCUAGGUCUCACGAUCAAGCCAAAGUGACCUCUACGAAAGAAAGAAAAUCUGAAAUCGGGUCAAACGCUACAAAGACUCGAAUUUCCCAGAAAAAGUCUACUUCCUCGAGUCCCAUGCCAGAACACUCAACUCCUGAUGUGCCUCACAGCUACGGUGACAGGAAAAAGAACAUGAAGAAUGAGAAGCUUGUGAAGAAGUCCUUGGCAGCUAAUUUAGUUGUUGAAAAUGUAGGAAGCAAGUAUGGUGACAAGACAAUUGAAUCAAUUGAACUUACUUGCGAAAAUGAAACUGAUAUGACAAGAACUGGCUUGACUGCUGAUCGACUCCUUCCUGAGGAAGGGACGGAUGCCUCUGAAAUUCAGAUUAAAGACCAAUGCGAUAGCAGCUGGAAUUUUCCUCACAAUGUCACUCCACUGACUAUCCAACAUGAAAGCAGCCUCAAAUCUGCGGAAGAGGCUAACGAAUACAUUGGUACUAAAACCGUUGAAAAAGAUUUUCUUUUGAGCAGUCCAUCAUUCUUGAGUUACGCAGAGGAGCUCUUUGACAUCAAGCCUAACCAGACUCUCAAUGGAUUGACACCAGACUCUUGUUUAAACGAUUGCGAAAAAACUGAUACCAGACUCUUGUUGGACUGUGCAAAUGAACUCGUGCGACACAAAAGCAUUCGAUGUACACAAAAAGUGCAUCCAUUGUUACUAGCUCAUGCAAGGAAUUCAAAACUCACCAUCUCUCUAGCCCAAUUGGUGGAGGAAGUGAUCGAUGGAAUUAAGGAUCUGAGGAGUUAUAGUAAGCACGUUGGCAAGAAACGCACCAUAGAUGGGCUUUAUGCGGUUUUGGAGAGAGAUUUGAGGUGCGAAGGAGUGGCGAGUGGGGCAUGGGAUAUGGGUUGGAGGCAUGCAUUCACUGUGGAUGAAGUUGAGCAAGUUGUAGGUGACAUAGAGAAGCUAGUUUUUGAUGGGAUGGUAGAGGAGAUGUUUACAGAUUUUGUGCUUUAGCAUUUCAUACAAAUUUGGAUGAUGUGGGAUUUUUGGGGCCGGAAAUUCUACUUUCUGUAAAUAUGGAUGGAGUUAGGCUCCUCUCCAGUGCACUAUCGUCAAGUGAAUUCACUGGUUGUGAGAGGCGUGUUGGUCUCACAGACUCAUUAGGCUCUCACUGCUUGUGGGUAGAAUAGUCCAGUGCACCAGAGAGAAGCAUACAAGAUCAGGAUCAGUAUGUUGAAUGAUAUGGAUCUCAGAUUCUCUAAUGUAUUGAUUAUAGACUGAUGAAAUAUCUGUAAUUUUCUUUAAAAACAUUUAUACAAGGUCACACUAGAUGGGUAUUUGGAAA